GAGUCAGAGUUGCCAACUGAAGAUUGGAAACGAUGAAGCUCUCCUUCUCUCUGCCUUCCAAAUCCAAAUCCUCAUCGAAGCCGCCAAACCCUAUCAACCCCUCCGCCGCCAACCAAAACGGCGAUGUAUCCAAGCAAUUCGUCAAAGAAUUCGACGCCUCCCAGCCCCUCUCCGCCGCCUCCCAGGCCCCCGUUAUCGCCCCGAUUGAAAACGAAUGGCGCCCCCACAAGAAGAUGAAGAACCUCGAGCUUCCGAUCACCGAGCCCGGCGGCCAGCACCUCCGCUUCGAGCCCGAGUCCCUCGCCAUCGAGCCCGACUCCAACAUCUCCUACGGCCUCAACGUCCGCAAGUCGUCGGAAAUCGAUUACUCCGGCGGCGGAGAGAGGCUGAGAUCCGGCGCCGUGGAGGAGACGCUGCUGCAGAAAUUCAAGAGCGAUUUGGAGCGGUUGGCCGAUCAUAAAGGGAUGGAAGAGUACGAGGGGAUGCCGGUGGAGGGAUUCGGCGCGGCGCUGCUCUCCGGCUACGGGUGGUGCCCCGGGAGAGGGAUAGGGAGGAAUGCUAAGGAGGAUGUGAAGGUUGUGGAGUAUACUAAGAGCACUGACCGGCACGGCUUAGGGUUUCAUAAGAAUUCGAAAGAGAAAGAGAAGAAGAAGAAGGAGGAGGUUGGGAGAGAGAGGAGGCGGGAGGAGGAGGUUGCUAAGGAGGUGAGGAUUGUGAAGGGGAGGGACAAUGUCGGCUCGAGGGGGAGAGUGGUGGAGAGAUUGGGGAAUGGGAGACUGGUGGCGGUGAAGCUUGCGACGAGGGCAAAAGAGGAGGAGGGAGUGGUUGUUAGAGUGAAUGUGGAGGAUGUUGUGGAGGUCGGUUCGAAGGAGGAGGAGAGGUGGAGGAGGUUGAGGGGGGAGGAUAGGAAGCCGAGGAGGGAAGAGGAGACGUGGCUUGCGAGGCACAUUCGGGUUAGGGUGAUAAGUAAGGACUUGAGAGGUGGGAAAUUGUAUUUGAAGAAGGGGGAGGUUGUGGAUGUGGUUGGACUGGGGACUUGUGAUAUAUCUAUGGAUGGGAGUAGGGAGUUUGUUCAAGGAGUGUCGGAGGAUUUUCUUGAGACUGCGCUGCCGAGGCGUGGGGGACCGGUGCUGGUUUUGUCAGGGAAGCAUAAGGGGGUUUUUGGUAGUCUUGUUGAGAAGGAUUCUGAUAGGCAAACUGGUGUUGUAAAGGAUGCUGAUACACAUGUGUUGCUCAAUGUGAAGCUUGAGCAGAUUGCGGAGUUUACUGGAGAUCCUAGCUACCUUGGAUAUUGAUUCAUAGAUUUAGUCGAAACGCCUGAUCUGGGUCCUAAAUUUAUAGGGAUUCAGAAAAACUGCUGAAAAUCGGAAUCUAACCGUCAAGGGCCAAUUGGUGCCAGUCAGCAAUGCCAUUGCCCGUUGUGCAACAGGCCUUUACAACUCUAUUUCCUGAUGCACAAUUAAAGGUCUAUGUUGAGUUUAACUCUGUUAGAGUGAUUAUUUGAAGCAUUAUGAAUUUACUUCGAGGGUUUGAAGAUUCUGGAGCUUGUUAGUUUAUCAUUUUACUGGUGCCACUUAUGUCUCAUGAGGUCGUGCAAGGGGUAGAAUUGUAGGAGACAUGAAAGGGAUUUCAUCCUGAUAGCUAGGUCUACAGUUCUCAACAUACAACUUUUCUAUAUAUGAAUGUGGCACAGUGAACUUGCAUGGCUUCACUUUUACAUUUAAGCAGAUCAUUCUACUUAAUUGUACUAAUAUCAGGGGUUGGUUAAGAAUUUACAAUUACGUGGCCAGUUUCAGGAUGCAUGGAUCGGUUGUUUGGUUCUACUAAAUGAGUGUGCAAUUAGAGGCUGCAAUGCUCUGUAUGCAGUGGAGACUGCAAAGGGGGGAGCUUUGACUUGGAAUUCUGAUAGAGUUUGGACCAGUACUUUUGGCAUACCUAAAUUACUAGUGGGGAGGGAGGUGAAAACAUGGUGGGCAACGUGGCGGCGUAGGUACAACAUUCUCUUUGCCCUUUUGAUAUCUGUGGACCAUUUUCAGUUGUUCAUGAAUGCCCUUUGAGAAUGGCCUAUGAGUUGUGAUAUGUUGUCAGCAAUGCGGCCAUUAGAAGCUGGUUGGACUUCUUUUGCCAAUUGAACUCCCAGCCUUGGAGGGAUAACAUCCUCUUUGAUCAGCCGGUUGAAUUGACACCUCUGCUUGCUGGGCAUCUAUACCUUGGUUGAAUUGACACCUCUGCUCCGCUAACUUGGCACACUGUAGUUGAUUAAUUUGUCUUGCGAUCAAGGCAAGAGGAGGGUGUGACCGUAGGGUUUCUUUUAUGAUUGACUUCAAGUAGUCUGGCUUCUUGAUGUCUGCCUCUCCAAUCUUCCUCUUUCCUGCAAGAAGUGUUCCGAUGUGCUUUUGGAUUUCUCAGAAGUUCUGACAUUGCCCACUCUAUAGGUGGUUGCUGACGUCUCACUUCCAGCAGAAUACUUGGAUCCUGAAAAAUGGACCUAUUCGAUCCGCUUAGAAUGGUUUAUUCAGUUAAGUCAGGGUAAUAUCAUUAUUGACACUAAUAAGACGCUAAUAUCGAUGGAUUUUACUUGUAUGUGAGGCUCGCAACUGCUACAGCGCAAGCUUGCACUGUUUAAAAUGGAGUAUCAUAUAGGGAUCGUAAUGGAUAUGAUGACCGUGAGAAAGUUAGUUUCUUGGGGAAGAGGUUAACUUAAUCUUUUUUUUUUCAAUCAAAUACAAUAACUAAUAUGCUUUAACAUCAAUUUGACAUAUUAUCUGCUUUAAGUUGGAUUUAAAGAUAGAGAUAUACGGGAUUCAUACCCAUUGUCCACCUCGAUCUUUAAUUUCGAUUUUGGUGAAGUAGCAGCAUAAAAAAGGCCAG